AUGAUCACCGACUACCUUUGGCUACCUUCAUCGCAUCGUUCUUCCGGAAAAGCCAAGUGGUGCUGCGUCACCGUUAUCAAGCUCCAGGUCCGCUGUGCACUUCUGGAAUACUCUCACCGGGCGCGAGUUGGGCAACGGGCUUUGGCUACCGUUCAGCUUCUUGCUGAAUACUCCACAAGCCCAAGCAUCGUCAUAAAAGUACGGAAGCCACCAGAUUCACGGAUCGUGUAG